CACACACCCGCCGCGCGGCCAGGGGCCAGCGUCUCUCUCUCUCUCUUUCUCUCUCUCUCCCUCUCCCCGUUUUCCCUUCACACUUUCCGGUCUCACGCGCGUCCCCGGUGAACUUUUCCCUCCCGUGAAAAGUGACCGACAACUAACCGGAUUUACCGGGGUGUGACCGAGCAGCUCGCGGCCGGACCUGCCGUGAUUCGCCGCCCCGGCACACACCGAGCAGCGGGCCGCAACUUUCCUCGGCCGCCCGUUACCCUCUCCGGGCUGUGACGUCAGUACCGGGAAAAAGUUUGGAGCGGGCCGCCGGUUCACCGGAGGAGACGAUAACCGACCGGAACCACGGCCGCUCCACUCGCGUGCCCGCUGCUCGUAGUUCGGUUGUUUCCCCGUGCACGCGGAGAUGGGGACGAUGUGAGCGGGUCAGCGCGUGGCCUCCACGAGACUCUCGGUUAUCUCCGGUAGAGGUGGAGUGGGUGGAGCUGAACGAUGGCGAGUGCGUCAGUGAAGGUGGCGGUGCGAGUCCGUCCGUUCAACUCCCGAGAGACGGGACGCAAUGCUAAGUGUGUGAUCCAGAUGCAAGGAAACACCACGUGUAUCUCCAACCCCAAACAACCCAAAGAUGGAGCCAAGAACUUCUCUUUUGACUAUUCCUACUGGUCACACACGACGAAUGAUGACCCCUGCUUUGCCUCUCAGAGGCAGGUGUAUAAAGACAUUGGAGAGGAAAUGCUGCUUCACGCCUUUGAAGGAUACAAUGUGUGUAUUUUUGCGUACGGCCAGACGGGUGGAGGAAAGAGUUACACCAUGAUGGGCAAACAGGAGCCUGGACAGGAGGGGAUCAUCCCACAGCUCUGUGAAGAACUAUUUCAGAGAACAGGAGAAAACGCAGAUCCUGACCUGACGUAUUCUGUGGAGGUGUCCUACAUGGAGAUCUACUGCGAGCGGGUCAGAGAUCUGCUAAACCCAAAGUCCCAGGGGACUCUGCGGGUUCGAGAGCAUCCCAUUCUGGGGCCGUAUGUUGAGGACCUGUCCAAACUCGCUGUGACCGGAUUCACCGACAUCCGGGACCUGAUGGAUGCCGGCAACAAAGCGCGGACAGUUGCGGCCACAAACAUGAACGAGACCUCGUCCAGGUCACACGCCGUCUUCACCAUUGUCUUCACCCAAAAACGACGAGACCAGAUGACCAGCCUGGACACUGAGAAGGUCAGUAAGAUCAGUCUGGUCGACCUGGCUGGAAGCGAGCGAGCUGACUCGACGGGGGCUAAGGGCACCAGGCUCAAGGAAGGAGCGAACAUCAAUAAAUCUCUCACCACAUUGGGAAAGGUGAUAUCCGCUUUGGCUGAAAUGCAGAGCAGUAAGAAGAGGAAAAGUGAUUUUAUUCCCUACAGAGACUCUGUGCUCACCUGGCUACUGAAGGAAAACCUGGGAGGAAACUCUCGAACGGCCAUGAUUGCUGCUCUAAGUCCUGCUGACAUCAACUAUGAAGAAACACUGAGCACCCUGAGAUAUGCUGACCGUGCCAAACAGAUCCGUUGUAACGCUGUGAUCAAUGAAGAUCCGAACGCCCGACUGAUCAGAGAGCUGAAGUCUGAAGUGGAACGACUGAGAAACCUGCUCUUCUCCCAGGGCCUGCAGGAACUGCUGGAUAACGCUGCCAACAACAACAAUGGCCCUGCUGGUGUUGCAGAUGUGUGCCCCUCCCCCCUGCAGCUGGCACUUGCAGCCAAUGGAAUCACACCUCAGAAUGGCUCCGCCCCUUCAGUCUCAAGUGAGGCGUCGUCCUCGGGGGACGCAGCUGCUGACCCAGAGGACCUGAUCGAGGAUGGAGAAGACGGGGAGGAGGCCAUCAGCAAAGAGGAGGCGGCUGAGAGACUGAUGGAGACGGAGAAAUUCAUCGCUGAGCUAAACGAGACGUGGGAAGAGAAACUAAGAAAAACAGAAUCCAUACGCCUGGAUAGAGAGUCCCUGCUGGCAGAAAUGGGCGUUUCCAUCAAAGAGGACGGAGGAACGUUGGGAGUCUUCUCUCCUAAAGGAACUCCUCACCUGGUCAACCUGAAUGAAGACCCUCUGAUGUCUGAGUGUCUCCUCUACUACAUCAAGGAGGGUUUCACCAGGGUUGGACAACAGGACGUGGACAUUAAACUGUCAGGAGACUUUAUAAAGGAGAUUCACUGUGUGUUCGUCAGCGAGCUCAACGAGCAGGGAGAAGUGGUGGUCACUCUGGAGCCAUUAGUUGGGGCGGAGACGUACGUGAACGGGAAAGAGAUCGAUGAGGCAGUCGUCCUCAAACAAGGUAACCGCAUCGUGAUGGGGAAGAACCAUGUGUUCCGCUUCAACCACCCGGAGCAGGCCAGGCUGGAGAGGGAGCGCAGUGUGACAGCCGAGCAGCAGGAGGAGCCAGAGGACUGGAACUACGCUCAGAAAGAGCUGCUGGAGAAACAAGGCAUCGACAUCAAACUGGAGAUGGAGAAGAGGCUGCAGGACAUGGAGACUCAGUAUCGUAAAGAGAAGGAGGAGGCUGAUCUGCUGCUGGAGCAACACAGGCUGUAUGCCGACAGUGACAGCGGUGACGACUCAGACAAACGCUCCUGUGAGGAGAGCUGGAGGCUGAUUUCCUCCCUGAGAGAGAAACUACCUGCCAACAAGGUCCAGUCCAUCGUGAAGCGCUGUGGUCUGCCCAGCAGUGGGAAGAGGAGGGAGCCGCUCAGAGUCUAUCAGAUCCCUCAGAGGAGGAGGAUCAGCAAAGACCCCAAACGGGUCACCAUCGAAGACCUCCGCAUGCAGGCCGUCAAAGAGAUCUGCUACGAGGUGGCUCUGGGAGAUUUCCGUCACUCCCGCCAGGAGAUCGAGGCGCUGUGCAUCGUCAAGAUGAAGGAACUCUGUCGCAUGUACACCAAGAAGGACGCCAACGAGAGGGAGAGCUGGAGGGCCGUGGCCCAGGACGUAUGUGACACCGUGGGCAUUGGAGAGGAGAGGAGCCCCCCCGCGGAGGAGGGAGGAGGAGGAGGAGGAGGAGGAGGAGGAGAAGGGGGAGCAGGAGAGACGGGGGAGGGAGGAGAGAAAGUAAAAGUGUACGACCUGAAGGCUCACAUCGAUAAACUGACAGACAUUUUGGAGGAGGUGAAGCUGCAGAACAACAUGAAGGACGAGGAGAUCAGAGCUCUGAGAGACAGAAUGAUCAAGAUGGAGAGCAUCAUACCUGUGCAGGAGGACGACAUGAAUGGAGAAGAAGAGGAGGGUGAUCAGAGAGACGGGGAAGAAGGCAGUGAUGAUGUCCCCAAACAGCCGGAGGUCAGAGUUAAGCGGCUGAUGGACGAGGACCCGGCGUUCAGGAGAGGGCGCCUCCGCUGGCUGAAACUGGAACAGCAGAGAAUCCUGAACCUGCAGCAGCAGAACAUCACCAAGAAGCUCCGAGGACAGAACCAGACCCAGGGUCCGAACACCCCCAUCGUCCCUGUUCACCUCCCGGGGACCGGCCGCUUCAUCCCCCCCCAGGAAUGCAAACUGAAGUUCCCCUUUAAGAGUAACCCCGCCCACCGCUUGUCAUGGGGACCAGCCAGCGCCGCCCUGCAAGCCCUGGGUCUCGGGGAAGGUGGAGGAGAUGGAUGGGAGGAGGGGGGGGUAAUGGAAGGUAAAACGUCUCCAUCACCUCCUCCCCCUCAGUUGCACUCUCCUGCUCUCUUGCCCCUCCCCUUCCAGGUCCCGCCCCCUCGCAUGCGCACCCCCAGCCCCCAUCGCGCCUGGCAGCAGCGCAAUCCAGGCAACCAGGGUCACCAGGGCGGCUUCAACUACCAUCAGCAGGGCAACAACUACCAUCAGCAGGGCAACAACCACCAUCAGCAGGGCAACAACCAGAACCACCAGCGCCGCCAACGCCGCAACUCUCUGGAUAGCUCCACCCAUGGCAACAGCAGCUACGACAGCGACCAGCAUCACGGUGGUGGUGGCGGUCACCAAGGGCGACCACGACAGAGGAGGGGGGUGUCCCCAGGGCCUGGAGGGGAGUGGGGGGGCGGUAGAGGAGGAGGAGGAGGAGGUGGUGGUGGUGGUGGUAGUGGUAGGGACGGGAGAGACAGAGACGGAAGCUUCCAUUUUAAUCAUCAACAGCACCAUCAGUUCCACCACCACCCCUACUACAAUCCCCACAAUGCACCAUUCCAGCCAGGACCUCAUCCUAACUACCACAGCUUGCCACGCUCGUGCCCGCCCCUUCCCGACAUGCUGAUUGGGGCAGGCCCACCGCCGGGGGGGUGGGGCUUCACCACUCCUCCGAGGAUGAGACGACAGUUCAGUGCACCGGACCUCAAACAAAACAAGGAGACGCCCAUCUGACCUCUGACCUCCGACACAUGGACAACUCUGAUUGGUUAAAGGGCACAGGGCGGUCCUCAUGCUGUAGAGAUGCGUGUGCGUGCGUGUCUGUGUGUGUGUGUGUGUUUUGCUGCACUUUCCUAGACUGAGUCAACCUAUCACACACAUCCUGUAUCUUCAAUCCUGCUGUGUGCGUGUGCGUGUGUGUGUGUGUAGCUUUUACGUUCACAGGUUAGCUGUUGCCAUUGCAACACUGUUUUAUUUUUUGCUGUUGGUUGGAUUGUCAAACAAGAUGGAAGUUUAUUAUGUAAUGACUUAGUUUUAUUGGUCCUCCAUAUCGAUUGAAGUUGUUGUCACGAUCAGUCAUUUAUCACGAGGUGCUAACGUGUUAGCUCCUGAGGCUACUUCGUGGUAGCAGAAGAUGAAAAAGAUGAAGAGCGUUGGGUUGAGUUUUAGGGCAGAGCGGAUGUUUGCACUUACACACACUUCAGUUUUUGCUCCUUUGUUUUAGCUGCUGUUAGCCCAGGAGGCUAACGACAGCUAACUAGCCUGAUUCAGCCUGAGCAUUCUGUGUUAGCUUGGGCUAGCCAGUUAGCAUAAGCAAGGAGCAAGGGACAGCUCUUUAGCUUUUCAGGCUAAUAGGUUUAGCCUAGCCCAGCCAAGGCAGCAUUCAUGUUAUAUGGGAACUACAGGUUGUGCGACUUUGAUUUCUACACAUUGAACUCAGUUUAGUUUUACAUUUAUUUUUAGAUUGAAACUGUUUAUGAACUUAACAGAAAUAUAUUGAGGAGAGCUAACAUUUGGGAAUGAAAGGCUAGUUGACCAUGUUUUAGCAUAUAUACUCCAAGUUUUCGCGUUCUGAAGAAAGACACAAAGACGCGAAAGAUGGAAUCGGAGUUGAAUGUUUUGGGUGUUUUUUCUGUUGUUGAAGCAGAGGUCGUACGCAAUCUUGAUCCUCCCAUGUGACUUGAAUGCUGAGUCGCUACAAGUGCUACAAACCAAAGAAAGCUGCUGUGUGGCGCCGCCUGCAGGUGAGCCGACGGCCACACUGCUGUACAGACAGACGGGGUCGAGGAAGUUGUAAAUGUUGAUGCGACUUGCACGCAGAAUCGUUUUAAAGCGUGAUGUGUGUAUAUUUGAUUUGAGUUUCUAUGAAGAUGAAUCUAUUUUAAGAAAAACACUCGUGCUGAGUUCACUAUCAUAGGCAAUCGUGGGAGAAGCAGUAAGUGAGAGCUAAUGUGCGAUGAAGUAAUCACGGUGGAUUAUAGUUAAUGUAGGGAUGUGUGAGGAGGGAACUCUGGGAAAUGUAGUCAGAGAGAGGAGUUUGAAUAGAGAAGGCAGAGAGUGAAGAGAAGGAGAUUUUGUUUUGAUGCUUUCCUCCAUCAGGACCUGACACUACUUCAUAUUGAAUUUGUCCUGAAGAGACGAGGAGUGAACACUGACUUCUUGCAACGAUAGGAAGAUGAAACUGUGGCUUCCUCUCGUUUGAGAGUCACUUUAAAGACUGACUUUUUUUUUUUCUUCCAUAUAAUGACAGAGAAGCCAGAUAUUUGUUUUCAGCUGCGUCCGACUGAGCUUUAACAGACUUUUUUUAGUUUACUCCUGUGAAUAACAAGAAUCUUUAUUAUUGAUGAAUCAAUAAAUGUUCAAAAGAGAGUUACAAAAAAAGUCUGAGGGUGAAGUCGAAAACAUUUUAAGACGGAGAAAAGCUGAAUUGAUUUAUGACUGACCGGAUUGACAGUUAAACAGAUUAUUCUGUCGUUCGCUGAAUCGUUUCAUCUCUAAAAAGGUUUGCAAAGUUCUUGCUGCUGCGUUCCCCUCUGAAAUGUAGGAUGUUGUAAAAGCAGCUGAACGUAGCGGUUGAGUUUUAAUGCCCAGCAAACAACAAAAGGUUUACUGUCAGGAGGGGCAGGGCGUUAAAACCCCAACACCCCCCCCCCCCCCCCCCCACAUAGUAAGGCAUUGUGGGAGAUGACGAUUGGAGUUUUUGUGCUCCCUGACCGUUAAGACCUUCUCACAAAGAAGGUCAGAAACCAACCAAUGGGAAACGCUCCCUCUGGUUGGGAGGUAGUUGCCACAAUAUUGGUGACAAAAACACAGGAAUUGAUUAUGAUUGGCCCAAGAAGCGUGACAUCAGCAGAUCUUAAGUUCCACCUUGUUUCGCUCUGCUGUCUCUGGGAUCGUGGGACAAUCUGGAUGACCUGUUGCCACGGCCGGUCAUGAGGGGAAAAUACGUUUUCCUAUUUGUUUAUGGUUUUUAAGUUUUCCUAUUUUUUUUUUUUUCCAGCUCUGGUCUCUGAUUGGCUGGUUUUUACUUUUUCUCUUUGUGUAUUCAUUUCUUCCGGAGCGUUUUAACCCCGCCUCCAUGUUUUGUUUUUUUUGCUUCAUGAUGCCAUCAUCACUAUUAUUGAUAUAAUUAUGAAGUUUUAAGUGUCAUCAAUGUUGGGUCCUUGCUGCUAAAGGGAGAUUGUUCACCCUCAUGCAAAUGUCUGUGUGCAUGUGUGUGUGUCUGUUUGUGUGUGUGUGUGCCUGUCUCUGUGUGUGUGCGCAUUUCCUGGUUAAUUUAGAGUCAUAAUCAAAAGUUUGUUUUUUUCUUUAUAAAGCGGAUUUUAUUGUUUUUCUUUUACUCGUUUGUUUUUGGGAGCUCGGGGGGGGGGGGGGGGGGGGUCUGGCGGUUGUAGGAAGCCAUGGCAACUCCAACCUUCAAACCAUAAGAUCACAGCAUGAACAUGGACAUGAUGACAUCAGGCUGUAGCCCCCCUCCUAUUGGCUCGGUUGUUUGUGUGUCUGUGUUGUUGUAUCAGGAACCAAUCUCAGGCUCUACCUGCAGACAACAUGACGGCAAUAAAGUGUCGACAAACACGA